AUGAGAGAUGAGCGGACGGAUGCGCAGGCUCUAAUACUCACAGUUCUACAAAUAACAGACACAGUUCUUUACAAGUUAAAGGAAAAGUAUGGUGACACACACGCUCCAUUGGCUAGAAUGAGCGACAUUCCCGGACAAGAAGGAUUGUCUUUUAAUGAGAAAAAAAGGUUCUACGUGCAACUACCACGGAAAGUAAGGAAAUUUAUUGACUCGUUGCACUGCACGAAAAUCAAUUUCAGUGUAAUGCAAAUGUACGACCAGCUAAGUGAUAAAGAUUGCGCCGCUUUGGAAGAUAGCAGUUUCGAUGGUAUCCCCGAUUUUCUGGGUGAGCCGAUUGAAUUAUUGUUAUGA